CGCCAAUUUCAACGUCGUACGAAGUUUAUACACUACCGCAUAUGCCUUGUAUUUAUAUAGUUGCAGACUAGUUCGUGACUCUACCAUGAAAUUGUGACUUUAGAUGAAUCCAAGGUCUCUCUGGUUUCAGACUUCAAUAGCCUGGGAUCUGCUAUUGGAACCUCUUGCUAGACUGCUCUGAGGUUAUACUUAGGAGUCAAGAUUCGUACGAGGACUCAGCAAACGACAUGUCUCCGGCAACGAUCACAUCUCCCGUGGUCAUCAUAGGAGCUGGUCCAGCCGGUGCUUCCCUGGCCUGUUUCCUCUCCUCGCACUCCAUCACAGGUCUCAUCAUUGAGCUCAACAGCCACUCCGCAGACACCCCUCGCGCUCAUAUCACGAACAUGGCCGCGCUCGAAUGUCUGCGCGACAUCGGUCUCGAGGAAACCGUCCUCAAGCUCUCUACACCUGACGAGAACAUGUCGCACACGCGUUGGUGCUACAAUAUGGCCGGCCGCGAAUACGCACGCAUCCAUUCCUGGGGCGCCGACCCUGCUCGAAAAGGGGAAUACGAGGCUGCAUCUCCCUGUAAACACUGCGACCUGCCGCAGACCUUGCUUGAGCCGGAACUCGUCCGCUAUGCGACGCUGCACGGCUUCAAGAUCCGCUGGGAUACGGAGAUGUUGUCCUUCGACGAGGAUUCCUCCGGAGUGCUGGUGCGCGUGCGAGACAACAUCACGGCAGCAGAAUACCUCAUUCGAACUCAGUAUUUGUUUGGCGCAGAUGGCGCCCGCUCCCGUACGAUCCAACAGCUCGAUAUCCCACUCAUCAAAGCCCCUGGUGGGGGUCCUGCGCUUAACAUCCUUUUCCGCGCUGAUCUCGCUCAGUUGAUGCCACACCGCAUGGGCAAUCUUCACUGGAUUAUGCAGCCGGAUCGCGACUCGCCUGACUGGGCCUGGCUCAGCAUCCUCCGCAUGGUCAAGCCGUGGUCCGAAUGGAUGCUCAUCGCGCUCCUACGCCCAGGCUCAACACUCUCUCAGAAACCAACCCCUGAGCAGUGCGCCACACACAUAACGCAGCUAAUCGGCACCACUAGCAUCCCCGUGACAGUAGAAAAGAUAAACAUCUGGAACAUCAACGACAUCGUUGCUUCAAGAUACUCCUCGGACUUGGGCAGGGUGCAUUGCCUGGGCGACGCCGUCCAUCGCCACCCGCCCUUCAACGGCCUCGGCAGCAAUACAUGCAUCCAAGACGCCUUCAACCUGGCCUGGAAAACCGCAUAUGUGCUCAAGGGCCUCGCACGUCCCUCACUGCUCAGCACGUUUAGCACAGAGCGACAACCCGUCGGCGCGGCGGUCGUCCGGCGCGCAAACGCCGGCAUCGCAGCUCAUGCAGAUGUGUGGGACGCGUUCGGACUCCUCCUGCCCACACCCGCAGAGCGUACCGCUGCGAUGGCCGAGUUGGAGGAGGACAGCGAGCAAGGGCGGGCAAGGAGGUUCAAAGUGCAAAAAGCGAUCCACGAGACGAGGUACGAGUUCCACGGGCUGGGCGUGGAGAUGAACCAGACGUAUGGCGCGGAGACGACAACGGCCGUGAUAGCGGACGUAUUUCCAACAGCGCAGAACGCGACCGACGAGGAGCGCAUAGCGGCGAAUCCGGACCAGGUGUUGUAUCAUAUCCGUAGCACACUGCCCGGGCGUCGCCUUCCGCAUGUCUGGCUCUCGCGACCUACGCCUGAAGGGCUGGUGUCUACAAUCGAUAUUGCAGGCCACGGGGUCUUUACGCUAUUCACUGGCAUUGGAGGUGCUGGUCCCUGGACUGCAGCAGCGGAAGAAGUUGGUGACAAGCUGGGCGUUGAGGUUAAAGUGGUGGAUGUGGGCUGGGGGUGUGAGUGGGAGGACGUGUAUUUCGAAUGGGCGCGCAUACGUGGCGUCGAGGAGGACGGAUGUGUGCUUGUCAGGCCGGAUCGAUUCGUGGGAUGGCGGUGUGGAAGGAGGGACGGUGCGAGUAUGCUGGUGGGUGUGAUGAGUAGUAUUGUAGGGAGAGCAGAAGGGAAGGGACAGGUUGGGAUCUAGAAGUGAAGGAGGCAUCGUACUGGUUUCUGAUGACAAUAGACACUACAUUAUACUGAUCUAGAAAUGAACGAGCG